AUGUCCAAGCCCGAUCAAGCCGCCGAUGGCGCCCACCCGGCCGCCAUUGCGCAACCCGCGCCCCCAGCGCCCAGACUCGACCCAGUCUACUACAACUGGAGCAACACCUUCUCCAUCAUGCUGGGGCGCAUGACAGGCUCGCGAGACGUCGAGCUAGAAAAGAACUACUUCACAGAGCUCGACGCGACCAAAGCCGAGACCAUCUGCAACCGCUGCGAGUCCAACAAGACAUACCUGCUGCAGUACUCGCCCAUCAUCCGCUUCCUUUCCCACGAAGUCGCCAAGCUGGGCGGCGACCUGAACGAGUCCAACAUCCUGUGCCGCAUGUGCACAAACGAGCAGUCCGGCGGGUUCAGCCUCGACCACGGGAUCCUGCUGUGCGCGAACAAGUUUAGGAACAGAGGCCACCAGGAGGACACCAUGGCGCACGAGAUGGUGCACGCGUGGGACCAUUUGAAGUGGAAGGUCGACGCGAACAACCUGCGCCACCAGGCGUGUUUGGAGAUCCGCGCCAGCACACUAAGCGGCGAGUGCCGCUUCGCCCGCGAGUUCUUCACCCGCAACCAAUGGCGCAUCACCGAGCAGCUGCAGGCGUGCGUGCGCCGCCGCGCCGAGCUAUCCAUGCUGCAGCGCCCGCAGAUCAAAGACGAGGCGCACGCGAAGAAGGUCGUCAACGAGGUGUGGGAGAGCUGCUUCAAUGAUACGAGGCCGUUUGAUGAGAUUUAUCGCUGA